AUGCCUCCGAUCGCUGUUGGUGACACUAUUCCCGAUGGCACUCUUGCCUACUUCAACGAGGAAGAUAAGAUGCAGGAUGUCUCCAUACAUUCCCUGGCCUCCGGCAAGAAAGUCGUUAUAUUUGGCGUUCCCGGCGCUUUCACUCCUACCUGCAGCAUGCAGCAUGUACCAAGUUUCAUUGAAAGAUCUGAAGAGCUUAAAUCAAAAGGUGUAGAGGAACUUCUGUUAAUCAGUGCAAACGACCCUUAUGUGAUGAAGGCAUGGAGAAAAUCAUAUGCUGAUACAAAGAAUGUUAAGUUUCUUGCUGAUGGAUCUGCAUCUUACAUCCAUGCACUUGGGCUUGAGCUUGACCUUUCUGAAAAAGGGAUGGGAACUCGGUCCAGAAGGUUUGCUAUGUUGGUUAAUAAUCUCAAAGUGGUAGCUGCAAACAUUGAAGAAGGCGGUGAAUUCACUGUCUCGGGUGCUAAUGAGAUUCUCAAGGCACUGUAAAUAUGCACGUCAAUUCCGUCUCUAGAUCCCACAUGUGUGGUUACUGGUACUACUGGAUACUGGUUACUGGUUACUGAUUACGUACUUUGUACUUUUUGCUUCGUACUAGUUAUAGCUAAAAGUCGGUGGAACCAG